GAAACAAGUCUUUGAAGAAUAGUCCUCUCCCUUUUUUGACCCCUCAAAUCCCCAAAUAUUACAAAGUUCGCCUCUUUGUUUUCUCCUUCUUUUUAUGUCUCUCUUGAUUUACGCAUCCAAAUCUAAUAACUCUCUCUCUUUCUUUCUUUCGGUCUCUGCCUUGGAUUCGUGAGAGAGCUUCAAUGGAGUUGGCUUCCUUCGUCGGUAGAGCUCUGUUCGUUUCCGUAUUCCUUCUCUCCGCAUGGCAAGAGUUCAAUGGUUUUGGCGAUGAUGGAGGUCGAGCAGCUAAAUCUUUGAGACCAAAGUUCAAUGCUUUUGUUAGCCACGUGACUACUCAUACUGGCCAGCAAUUGCCACCAGUUGAUAUGAAGAUUCUUGUUGCUGCUGCUAUAGCCUUGAAGGGCAUUGGUGGACUUUUGUUCGUCUUUGGCAGCUCUUUGGGUGCUUAUCUCUUGCUUCUGCAUCAAGCCGUUGCCACCCCGAUUCUGUAUGAUUUCUACAACUACGAUGUUGACAAAAAGGAAUUCAGCCAACUGUUUUCCAAGUUUACUCAGAGCUUGGCACUCCUUGGGGCACUACUCUUCUUCAUUGGAAUGAAGAAUUCGAGGAGACAUGGUAGGCAACUCCGGAAGAAGGCUCCGAAAGCUAAAGCAAACUGAUGAUUAAAAGGAUGUUUUUCGUCGGUUUGUUCAAGCUUGCGUCUGUAUUUUUAUUUUUACUUUUCUUUUGGAAACCAUGAGGAGAGGCAAAAUUUUUGCUUAUUUCCUUGAGCUUAUUGAGACACUUUUUGUAGAGACUUUUUGGUUCUCUAGAGAAAAUACCAUUUCAAUUUCGGAUUUUA